AAUUCACUAUUGACUUUGUGACCUGCUAUAAUGAUGUCAGUUCAUUUGCUAUUUCCUUCCCAGAUAAAACCCUGGCUUGGGGGUUGCCUUAUCUGACUUAUUUACAGUACAGUGAGUACCAUAUCUAGGACCUAGUGUUAUUGGUAAGUUAUCUUCUCAGCAUCUCCUGAGUAAGUCCAAAACCAUUUAAUGAUUGAUUCCUUUAUGUAACCGACCAGGUGGGCUAGCUGCAGGAUUCUGGCCAGACUCAAUUUUUACAAAGUUGUCAGAAAUGUAUUAUAUAACUGACAGAUUAUGGUCUGCAAGUUGUCGAAGGAUGGACGUAUUUAGCGUAUUGUAUAUAUAUUUGCCUUUUUGUAAUUCAAAUGUUUUUUUAUUUCUUAUUUUUUUAAAUGUGUUGUUUAAAACUGGCCAAAAAGUGGGCUUAGGGAAGUCUGUGCAUUUGUGUGACUCUUUUAGUCCCUAUCUUAUCCAUUACAUGGUCUUACAAGGACAUCUUACUGUAUUACACAUAAAGCAGACUGUAGUGUAGUAAAACAUUGGGUUUUCAUUUCAAUAGAGAAAAGCGAAUGCAAUGCAUGUUUUCCACGCAUCCCCUUGCUUGGCUUGUUUUGCCACAAAUUGUAUUGUGGAGGCUAUUUGUUGGGUUUUUAAUUUGAAUUCCACCAGUCAAUCAUAAAUUAAGUAUUUUUGGCUCCAUUUCAGGGUGAGAGACACAGAGACACUGAUUGACAAUUGUUUUUACCUGUCCUUUGUACUUAUUUGUAUGGCCUCUAUCCUUAGUACAACCCUCCCAAACACCCCUGCCCCGCUGUGUUUUAUUACACGUGCAAGGUCCAAAGAUCAGGCUGUACAUGCCUGUGGGUGGUGGGACCCUCGGGUAUAAAAACAACAGGCAGACUCAUGCAUACAGUGCUCUCAUACCCCAUCACAUCUCACAUUGGCUUUCUAGACUGACAAUUCCCUAGGGACAGUUCGAAAAUGGAGGCAGUCAUGGAUGCCAUGCAGGGCUAUGGGGUGAGCACCACUAAUUACCUUCAGACCAACUAUAAGGACGCCCAGGGUUUGUUCCUGUGGGUGUCCUGGGCUGCUGACCUCAGGAACACCUUCUUCAUCUUCUUCCCUCUCUGGUUCCACCUGCGGGAGUCAGUGGGCAUCAAGCUCAUCUGGGUGGCAGUGAUCGGCGACUGGCUCAACCUGGUCUUCAAGUGGAUUCUGUUUGGCGAGAGGCCGUAUUGGUGGGUCCAUGAAACACCUUACUACAGCAAUACCACUGCACCUCACAUUGAACAGUACCCAAUGACCUGUGAAACUGGCCCAGGCAGUCCCUCUGGCCACGCUAUGGGAGCUGCAGGCGUCUACUACACACUGGUUACUUCCAUUCUAGCCAUCAUGCUGACCAAGAAUAAGACGGGAUCUUCCUCCAAGGGCCUGUAUCUACGGGGCACUCUGUGGGCGUUCUUCUGGGCGGUCCAGGUCUGUGUGUGUCUCUCCAGAGUCUUCAUUGCUGCCCACUUCCCCCACCAAGUCAUCUGUGGAGUAAUCACAGGUAUGGUUGUGGCCGAGGCGUUCAACAGAACCCAGUGGAUCUACGGAGCCAGUCUGAAGAAGUACUUCUACACCACCCUCUUUCUGCUCUCCAUCGCUGUGGGCUUCUACGUGCUGCUGAAGGCUCUAGGCGUGGACCUGCUAUGGACCCUGGAGAAAGCCCAGAAGUGGUGUGUGAGAGCCGAGUGGGUCCACAUGGACUCCACUCCCUUCGCCAGCCUCCUGCGUAACAUGGGCACCCUGUUUGGCCUGGGCCUGGGCCUGCACUCGCCCCUCUACACCGAGAGCAAGAACAUCAGCGGCACGACCCUCUUUAGGACGGGAUGUAUCGUCACCUCGCUGCUCCUGCUGCACCUCUUUGACUCCUUCAAGCCCCCCACGCACACUGCCGCUGUCUUCUACCUGCUGUCUUUUUGUAAGAGCGCCACUGUCCCCCUGGCAACCGUCAGCAUCAUCCCCUACUGCGUGUCUGGAGCUCUGAGCAGCGUACAGAGCAAGAAGUAUUUGUGAGGUCGUUGGCGGCCGACAUGCACAUAGUCUCGUGUAUUCGGAUAUGACUCCAGAAUUGAACCGUGCUGUAAUCCUUAAUCAUUCCAUGCAUUGACUUUCUUCCCAAACUGCCCAAGCGAUCAACAAGCCAUUGUGGUCUUUGUCUACCCUACUUUCAUCCAGUCACCCACCGUAAAGGUCUUAUUUUCUUAUCUACACACAGUGUGAACACUAUGAUGAAAGGAUUAUCCAGUGAAUUACUCAGUGGCACUUUAGACACUGUGGUUUGAUUGUAUCAAAACUGAUAAUUUAUAAGUAGUUCAGUGCAAACUCAGGAGUCCAGAAAGUUAAUGUUCCUGUUUUGAAACGAGAUAAAGCCAAAUUAAAUCCAGGAGAAAAUGAGCCCAAAAGCUCUCUCAGGGACUUUAGUGGCCUGCUUUACAGUGCGUUCUAAGAAUAUGUUAUACAUUAAUAACUUUGUUAAUAUUUGUUUUGUAACUGUAUUUUUCCUGUUUUAAUAUAUUUUUAGAAAUUCUGUCAGAUAUUUAUAAUAAAAAUCUUUCAAAUAUA